AAGCACCGCCCACAUGAACAGCCUAAGCAACAUACAUGCAAGAACUGCUCACAUUUCCUGUUGCACAGAGGGAUUUGUUCGAUCAAGAGUGGUUUUGGCAGCGUCCACAAGCUGAUCACCCUUAAAGAAGGAAGCUUGAGAGAUGGCCACACCAGGAUCUGACUUUCAGCAUGGAAAUCCACCUGGGGCCUACCCUCCUGGGGCCUACCCUCCUGGGGCCUACCCUCCUGGAGCCCUCCCUCCUGGGGCCUACCCUACUGGAGCCCUCCCUCCUGGAGCCCUCUCUCCUGGAGCCCUCCCCCCUGCAGGCUAUUAUGCCCCUCAAGAUCCUUCAGCAAUCAAAGGAGAAAUGGGCCUUCAGAAGAUACCAAUGCCUCUUGGCAUCCCAAAUUGCCCUCCAGGACUGGAGUAUCUUACGCAGGUCGAUCAGCUCCUGGUUCAUCAGCAAGUGGAAUUGUUGGAAGCCUUAACUGGAUUUGAAACCAACAACAAAUUUCAAAUUAAGAAUAGCCUUGGUCAACAGAUCUACUUUGCCGCUGAGGAGAAUGAUUGCUGCACUCGGAAUUGGUGUGGAAAUAUGCGCCCCUUUGACAUGAAGAUUAUUAACACCUUUGGACAAGAGAUCAUGAGUCUGUACCGGCCCUUGAGGUGUGCUGGUUGUUGCUGCCCAUGCUGUUUGCAAGAGAUCGAAGUGAUGGCACCUCCUGGCCAACCUAUUGGAUAUGUCAUUCAAACAUGGCACCCAUGCCUGCCAAAAUUUACAGUUCAGAAUGAGAAGAGAGAGCCUGUUUUGAAGAUUGGAGGGCCAUGCUGUGUAUGCGGAUGUGGUGAUGUUGAUUUCCAGGUUACAAACCUUGAUGAAUCUGAAUCAAUUGGCAAAAUAACCAAGCAAUGGACUGGAUUACUGAGAGAAGCUUUUACAGAUGCAGAUAACUUUGGGAUCCAGUUCCCCUUGGAUCUAGACGUGAAGGUGAAAGCAGUUUUGCUAGCUGCCACCUUCUUAAUUGAUUUUUUGUUCUUUGAGAAGAGCGGCUAGUGAACAAAGAUUUGGCAAACUACAAAAUAAUCUCAUUUACAUUGAAACAGAUUGCAAGGACUAUUUUAAUUAUUCGAUCGUCAUUUGAGAAAUAAGAAUCAUUGACAUGAAACGUAACAAAUCAGUUUAAAUAUAUCAGACUGUGUAUCCAAACUGACUGACUGAUGUGGUAAAAUGAGGUUGAAUUUCAGCACCGAUACACUUCUGGAAUGUAGAAUAUAAAAGGCAUUUCUCCUUUUUCCAGCAGUUCCAACUUUCUGUCCUAUAUAAACAGUGUAUGUGAGUGAUCUGCAUUGUAGACAUACUGCCCUCCGCACACAAUAUUCCAAAAAGCUCCAAGCAUUAGAGGCUUUAAGCAGGUGGGGAAAGCAGAAAUCUUGCCUUUUAGUGCUUCGCUUCCUUUAACUUUGGUUUAUAUGCUGACCAAAUGAUGACAAAUUGCAUUAUUUUCUCUAUUGAGCUACGUCAAAGCAAAUAAAUAUCGCAAUUUUCUUUAUGGAACCAAUUCUCAGUAGAAUAUACAUUUACAUAUAUAUAUAUUGCUAAAUGUGAAAUCUUAGAAUAUUGUAUAUUUUUAAACAUGAUAAGCCAUGUAAUGUACGUAAGUGAAUAGUAAAGUUGUUUGUUAUUCUCAACCAUUUGCCUUAUCCAAUACUUUAAUGAUUCCAGCUAGGUUUGAUCCUAGCUUUUCAAAACUAUGUUCCUGUCUUGCCUCAGGGAUUUAGUAACUUAAUAAAUUUCAUACUAUCAAA